AUGUCUGCCGCCAUAGUCUAUGAGGGGCAGAUGGAGGGCCAAGGUGGUACUUUAUUCAAGGACCUCAAGUUUUGGGUCGCGCAGCGCGUUCCUAUGCGCCAAACCUGGUUACAGAACAUUGAGAACAAUGGCGGAACUAUUACCAAACUCGAGAAGAAGGCUGAUUAUCUCAUUGCCGAUCACGCCAGGAAGGAUAGCCCAGCUGGCUCAUAUUCCUGGAAGUGGAUUGAAGACUCUGUAAAGAGUGGCCAGCUUAUGGACCAGGCUCAGUACGCUAUCAAACCUCCCGGAAAUGAGACCAGGCCUGUGGGCACGGUAAAUCAAAAGACUACGAGAAGAGCCUUUACAAAAGCAGACGAUGAACUGCUGUCAAGGUUCGUCACCAGAAAGGAGAAGCAAGGCGUAGCUGUCUCUGGUAACGUCAUCUAUAAGCAAUUUGAAGCAAAGUAUCCGCAUCACACAUUCCAGUCAUGGAGAGACCGCUGGGUUAAAAAGCUGCAAUUUUUGGACCGCCCCAACGUCUCGGAGAAUGAGCCGUCACUAUCGCCACCUCCAGAAACUGCUCCUGUCGCCAGCUCAGCGCCCGCACGACCAACUAGAGGCCCCGGGCCACCCAAUGCCAACAGUACUGACCCAAGCCGGAGGAAGAGAAGAGUUCGCUUCACUCCAGAUGAAGACAAGUUGCUCCUUCAGUAUGUUGAUGAGAUGAAAAAUGCGGGCCACGCUGUCAAAGGAAAGACGAUUUACGAAGGCUUGGCUGUGGACUUUCCGCAGCAUACCGCACAGUCUUGGAGAGAUCGGUAUUUGAGGUAUCUCGCACCGCCAGACGAGCAGGAAUCAGUCGAGGAGGAGCCAACUGAGGAGGAAGCAGCGCCUCCCUCUCCUCCUGUGACGAGAUCACGCAGGAACGCGCAGAAAGUCGACCAGGCUGAUCGUCCUCCACCGAAGCAAGACAGCCGUGUAUCCUCAACUCAAAGGAAGACCAGGAACCAUACUACUGAUGUAGUGGAAUCGGACGCGAGAAAGGAAGACAUGCCACUGCGAAUUCGUCCGAGUAUCGAAGAGCCGAGCAACGUUACUCAGACGCCAAACGACAACAGCCCAACGCUUGAGGCAUCAAACCAGCACGGACAAGAUGAAGCUAGCGCCAGUGACUCUGAGCAACAAGCUGUGCCGCCCGAUUCCCCAAUGCAAACUCAGCAGGAAAUACUCGAGACGUCACUAAAGACAAGAACAGGAUUCCACGAAUGUCUCGCAGCUUUCAAGGAGGAAAGUUCAGAAGUCAAUUACUGGCCGACUAUCCAGGGUCGUGCAAUCGAUCUAUGGGACCUUUGGCAAUCUGUACAGGCCCAGAAGGUCGAAUUUGUAGAACGUGACUGGGAGCGAGUAGCAGAAGAUCUGGAAUUCGAUUGGGUCGCUCUACCAACCGUUACAGAUGAGAUCAGGCAAUGUUACGAAUCUCAUCUACUUGAGUUCGAGAAGAUGGUAGAGAACUUCUUUGCGACAUCAGAAAACGGAGAAGACGAUACGCAGCAGGAAGUGACUGAUUCCCAGGAAGUAGCGCAACCGAUGCUGCUGCCGGUCAACACACAAUCCGACAGCCACUUCAAUUCAUCUCCCCCGAAACAGCCGUCUCGCAAGCGUGCGCGUGAAGCGGAAACAGCUAUUGCCUCUGGUUUGGCCUAUCCGGAGUCGCCUAGGAAACGCACCAAGCUCAGGCGUGACAGUGAGAUCCCAUCGACGCCGGAUGACAAGAAUGGAACCGUUCAUCUGCGCCAAGCUGCUAGAGGAAAGGCCUCUCCUCAACUUGGGGCCCAACCCGUACUUCCCAGGUCUAGCCAUUCACUCAUGAGCAAGCUAUACUGGAAACAAAUCGAAAGGGAAGUGCAAGAACAAAUCAAGGAAUCGAUUGCUCUAUCUAGCGCUAGGAAGGCCAUGGUUGAGCCAGAGACGCAGGAUUUUCAAUUUGGAACUCAGGAGAUGGAUGAUUUUGGUGAGGAGUUUUCCGAAGAAGACGGACAAGAGAGAGAAACCCAGCGAGUCACCCCCUCAGAACAACUGCGCAGCGAACUCGACGCAGAAAAUCGUCGUCGAACACUGAAUCGGGUUUCGCCACUUCCAGAUGAUGCGGCUGAAUCAUCUUUCUUGGAUAAUUACGAGCCUGAUUUCUUUGGUGAAAUGGACACGCCAGAGCCGAGCUUUGCUCACAGGCCCAAUCCUGUACUGUCACGAGUCGCCAUGCAACCGCCUAAUAAGCGCCGGUCUCUUCCUGCCUCGUUUACAAGGGACAAUAGGCCGUCCCCAUAUGGACGGAUGUCAAUGCCAGGCCCGGCUCGCAUGUCUUCUGGGGCACCUACACCAUUCCGGCAGUGGAUCUCAUCAACCCCUCAACCGCAACAAGCACAAAGACCGGAGUGGACCACAUAUACUCCACAGCCGCAGCCACCAAGAAGGUCGGAGUGGAUGUCAACUCCCCAGCCACAAGCACAGUCAGCCAGAAGAGCGCAGUCCAAGGCUGAAGAGCUGGCCGAUGUCGUGGAAUAUUGGGUCGCUCUGGGUUACUCUCCUGAUAUCGCUCGUCGCAGCCUGGAAGCAACGACCUGGGAAUCAAGUCUAGCUGGUCGGAUUAUGCAGUUCCUCAAGGAUGGCAAUGCCAUGCCCACAAAUUGGGAGGGCGUAUGGACACCUCGCGACGAUGAGAAUCUGAUACUCAUUGACUCUCCUGGACAGCCAAGGGAUGACCGAGAAAUCAGGAAACGCGCAAAGGCGGCAGAUCGGUUGGUAACGAAGCACGGCGAGCAACGUAUGGAACUGAGGCGGAAAUGGCUUUACACCAGAUCUACCCUAUGA